ACAGAAUCUUUCAAUCCACAAUCUCUCCCGUAUCGCCAUUGAUAUUUGCUAGCUGCGAGCACCGGAAAUGGCGGAGCAUCACGAACAACCGGAGAAGGUCAACGGUGCACCGGUGGGGGACAAGCACCACAAAGCCAAGCGGAUCCACCGGGAGGAGACACUCUACGGCAUUCUCCACCGUGUGCUGGCGACGAUCUUCUUCCCUGAUCCGAGCAGCAGUGCUGCGUCAACCCCGCUGUUGCAGCGAAUCAAACUAUCUCUCUCUGAGAACGGGCAUCAGCUUCCUGAGGCUUGCAAAAACACCGGCCAGCAUAUUCUCCUCUGGACUCGCAGAGGCAGCCAUCUCCGCGCACUCCUCGUUAUCUCUGCUGGAACUAUUUCUCUUCUUACAUUGACAGGAUUGCUUAUAUUUGUGCUUUUCUUUUUGGCUGCAACUGUCAAUGCCGUAGUCAUCUCUCUUCUCAUGUCUUUGGCUGCUGCAGGAGGCUUCUUGGCUCUGUUCUUUAUUUGUGUAAUGGCUAUUUAUAUUGGUGCAUUAUCGGUUGCCGUAGUUACUAUUUCUACUGCAACAAUUUCAGCAAUUGCAGCUGUUCUGAUAGUCACAGGUUGGAUUGGAUUCUUUUGGACCAUAUGGGUGGCUACUAAGAAAAGCGUAAGCCUUGCUAAGAACUCACUGAGCAAGACUGGAUCAGCACUUUCAGCCUACUCUUCUGGCCGCCAUACCCACGGCCAUGAUGUUCCAACUACUCUGUAAAUGGUAGUCCAUGUAAGUAGAGAAAAAAAUCAUAUAUGGUUUAGAUCUUUGUACAAUUUGUCUGCUUUUUGGAGAGUUUUGUGACAAUGCCUGCGAUUCCACGCAAAGGGCUGUUGCUUGAUGCUAAUCACUUUGGGAUCAUAACUUUAACGGUAUUUUAGUGCUGUUUAUCAAGAUAUGUUUUGAGAGUUAGUAGUGUCAUCUUUUCUGAGUUGCUCAUGCUCCCAAAGUACUUCAAGCUAGCUUCGAACUGCCUUUGUGUACAAAGUAUCAACAAAUUAGAUUUUCUGCUUUUGUUUUUACUUUCCUUGUUUAUAUAUGAUCAUUUCUGUUUUUGAGCAUCAGUAUGUAUGUUGUGUUAUAGACCAAGUAAUACUAAAAACUUUUCAAUUUU